CUGCGCAUGCUCAGUGUAGUAGCCGGUUAUGGCGGCGGUGUGUGUUUGUCCAUGAGGUGGGGGGACGCCUGCUAUUCUUGCGGUCUGUGACAGAGCGAUCCGAGCGAAGCGCUGCCAUGGCUGGAGUGUUUGACAUUGAUUUGGACCAGCCGGAGGAAAAUAUAUCCGACGAUGAGAAUGAGGAGGUUCAAAUCAGUGAUAUCAUGGACCAGUGCAGUGGGUUUGAGUUCAACAUGGACGACUGUGAAAAGAUUGAGAUAUCGGAGGACAACGUCAAUCAGGGGACAGAGAACAUCAGACCGGAGUGCUUUGAGCUGCUGCGGGUGCUGGGGAAAGGCGGUUAUGGAAAGGUUUUUCAAGUUCGAAAAGUUGUUGGAGCUGCAUCGGGCAAAAUAUUUGCCAUGAAAGUCUUAAAAAAGGCUAUGAUUGUACGCAAUGCCAAGGACACGGCCCAUACCAAGGCAGAGCGGAACAUCCUAGAGGAGGUGAAGCAUCCCUUCAUUGUUGAUCUCAUCUACGCCUUCCAGACAGGAGGGAAGCUGUAUCUCAUCCUGGAAUACCUGAGUGGAGGAGAACUGUUCAUGCAACUGGAGAGGGAGGGCAUCUUCAUGGAGGACACAGCCUGUUUCUACUUGGCAGAGAUCUCCAUGGCUCUGGGCCACCUGCACCAGAAGGGCAUCAUCUACAGAGAUCUAAAACCUGAGAACAUAAUGCUCAACAACCAAGGCCAUGUAAAGUUGACAGACUUUGGACUGUGUAAAGAGUCAAUUCACGAUGGCACAGUCACCCACACUUUCUGCGGUACCAUCGAAUACAUGGCCCCAGAGAUCUUGAUGAGAAGCGGACACAACAGAGCAGUGGACUGGUGGAGUCUGGGCGCUCUGAUGUACGACAUGCUCACAGGAGCGCCACCAUUCACUGGUGAAAACCGAAAAAAGACCAUUGACAAGAUCCUGAAGUGUAAGCUCAGCCUUCCACCCUACCUCACACAAGAAGCAAGAGAUCUCCUGAAACGGUUGCUGAAAAGAAACGCCUCGUCGCGGCUGGGAGCAGGAUCAGGAGAUGCCACAGAGGUGCAGGCUCAUCCCUUCUUUAGACACAUCAACUGGGAGGAUUUGCUGGCUCGGAAAGUGGAGCCUCCCUUCAAACCUUUCCUGCAGUCCGCUGAAGACGUGAGUCAGUUUGACUCGAAGUUCACCAGUCAGACACCAGUCGACAGCCCUGAUGACUCGACCCUCAGCGAGAGUGCCAAUCAGGCCUUCCUGGGUUUCACAUACGUCGCUCCGUCAGUCCUGGAAAACAUCAAAGAAAAGUUCUCAUUUGAGCCAAAAAUCCGCUCACCUCGACGGAUCAUGGACAGCCCAAGAACACCUCUCAGCCCAGUCAAGUUCUCAGGGUCAGACUGCUGGGCCCGGAGCCCCCUUCUCCCCGGCGGAGGGCCAAGUGUCCUCCAGUCUCCUCAGGACCAGGCCAUGGAGCUGUCCACCCCGGAGCAGAUGGACGUCACAUCAAACUCCGAAGCCUCGGCCCCUCUUCCCAUCCGUCAGCCUGCCGGGGUCAACCUGGCUCAGAUGAAGCAGCAAACCUAUCCCGUCGUGGCCAAGCGGCCCGAGCAUUUACGUAUGAACCUAUGACCCAACGGGCCUCUUUAGGAGUUUAUUUCUUGAUUUAUUUUUUGUUGUUAUUUUUUAAGAAACAAAGCAAAAAUAUAUGGAUGCUAGAGACAAUUCAAAUCCAAAAUUGCACAUCCGCACACUCCAUAUACUGUCACAACCUGGAGUUUGUGCGUGGGUCUGGGUGUCCAGCUUGCUGCAGGUAAGUGCUACCGACGACCUCACCACUUCUCCUCCGACACCUUUAGGUCUCGUGACCUGUGUCUUCUGACCCUCCUUUUCUGAACUGGACUAGUAGGACUGGAAACCCUUUGAGGAGCCACAGCUUUUUGUGCGACCUGGAAAAUCAAAGGUGAUAAUGAAUCCCACAGUAUGCAAGCUAUUUACUCUAAAAUACAGUCUGCUGUACAAGAUGACGUCCAAAAUGCUUUGUGCUAUUUGAAUGAAUGCCAGUGAGAAAAUUGCUUCCAUUGGGAGAUUUUGACAGUUCUUCUUAAAUACAAAAUGCUUCCUGGCUCUGAAUGAAAUGUUAUUAAUUAGGUUUAUUAUUGAAAAAGAUCAAAGAAAUGAUCAUUGCGAGCAGUGGACAAGCAGAGGUUCUGGUAUUGAUGAAUAUAGCUUUGUCUUACAAUGUUUUACAAAAUGGAUGCAUUAACUGCUAUACAUCAAUGAUGAAUCAGAGCCUAAAUUAAACA